UUUAUCCCUAGCCGGUGUUGCUAUAACUAUAAGCUACCACCCAAACCCGGAGCGCACUUCUUAUUUUGCUAUUUCUACAUUUGACAGUAGUAUACCCUUAUCAUGAUAAAAGAAAUGAAAAGGAGAGACUGCUGUCAAAUAACAAAUAGCCAAAUACGAAUAGCUAUGAAAUCAAGCAGAUGUCCGUUUGAUUUUUGAUGGGAUGGAUAUGGAUCCGAUUUUUGCUUUGGUUUUUUCUUUCUUGACAAUCUAAUAAAUAGUGAUCUGUGUUGACAAUGACAAUAUUAAGAUAAUAAUGUGUUUGUGAAAAAUGUGAGAUACGUGCAAAUAAAGUCACACUUUACAUAAUUUCCUUGUACUGUAUAGUUUCGAAACAUAGUACUCCUCCUAUUGAUCUAGCCGUUUAAUUCGCUGCAAGUGCUUGCCAAAAAUCUGUCAUGGCCAGAAUUGGAAAAACUGCACAGGAAUUUAUUCAAAACUCAUUUUCGCCUAUAAUAGCAGUACUGUGUAGUUCAAAAGUAGAUAGUGUAGUUGGAAAAAACAAUUUAUCUUUUAUAGAAUUACUGCAGCCUUUUACUAAUCUAGACACAGACAGUCAAUUUCGAGAGCCUGGAGGAAGCUUGUGCACUGUAAAAUCAUGGAAACUUAUAUUCAGGGAUGUUAAUUGGAAGCCUUUGCAACCAACUGAAGCAAGAAAGCAGCUAAACAAUGCUGUCUUGCACAAUUAUAAUGACAAAACUGUCCUAAUUGAUAUUGAUGGACGAAAAUUUGCUAUUCCUCAUGCAACUCCUUGGUUUGAUGCUUGGAGAGAAACUUAUCUGGAAGUGCAAUUUCCUUCAGAUCAUGAAUUUACAAAACAUUUUUUAUCAUGCAUUAUAGUAGGUACUACAGAAGAUGAUAAUAUAAUUGAUACAUUUAAUUCUUUGAAUCAACAAUAUGCACUAUUACAAAAUGUUACGCCUCCCAAAUUACCUAAAUGGUUUAAUAAUGGUGUUCUUAAAUCAUACUUACUUCUUCAUGAUGUGACUGCCGUGGCUAAGGAUAAAGCAGAUGUUGUCUUUGAAACAGUGAAACAAACAUUUGGAGCAACUAACUGUUUCAUGUUAUCAAUCAAUUCAAAGACUAGUAAAGAUACAAACUUAUCAAGUGACUUUUGGGCACAAUAUAUCAAGAGAGCUACUGAGUCAAAUGCUGAUAUGACAUCUUCAAUGACAAAUCUACCAACUACACCACUGGAUUCUCAGAUCUCACCAACUCAAUCAUCUAAUGCCACCCCAGCUGAUGAAAUGAUACUCACAUCAUCUUCAAUUCAAGAAACUUCUCAUCCUCUGACUGCUUCGGAUAAUGAUACAUAUGAUAAUGCUAACAGUUUGCAAACUCACUCUUUCUCAGGAAGUUCAGAAAGUAUGAAUGUCAAUGGGAAACUCUUUGAUUUUGCUACUGAAAGUCAUGGGGCUGCAAUGAAUUCAAAUAAUGUUGAAGCUAUUAAAAAGUUUGUAGUAGAUUAUGCUACAAAAGCAUUGUUACCUUACUUAGAAAAACAAAUCUCUCAACUAUCAGAGGUGGUAGCAAAUAGAAAAGGAGUUAGUAGGUCUCUGCUUUCUGCUACUAAGAGGUGGUUUGGUACUGGAAAAACUGGCAAUACUACAGGAAAUAAUACAGUUAUAUAUUCCAAUGAUUGUCCAGAACUGCAAUUACGUAGACUAGGUGACUUGUGGUUUUUAUGUGGGCAAUGGCAAAGAGCAUUCGAUACAUACCACACAGCAAAAAGAGAGUUUUCUGCAGACAGUGCUUGGCUAUGUUAUGCUGGAGCUCUUGAAAUGGCUGCUAUAAGUGCUUUUAUGGCAGGUGAAGCGAAUCGUAAAACAUAUGGAUACAUGGAAGAAAGCAUUAUAACUUAUUUAAAUACAUGCAGGAUGGUCCAGUAUGCAGUUCGAGCCACAUUACUAUCUGUGCUCUGUUUAAGUGGCGCGGGCCUUCAUGGCGAAGCAGCUAAGCAACUUAUUCGUAUGACAUCAGAAGACAGUGAUUUGCGUAGCGCGAUGCUGCUGGAGCAAGCAUCCUUGUGCUUCCUAUCGGGCCCUGGUUCCAAGGCGAUGUGUAGAAAGUAUGCUUUCCACAUGGUACUUGCAGGUCACAGAUUUUCAAAAGCGGGGCAAAAGAAACAUGCUUAUAGAUGUUACAAGCAAGCUUUUCAGGUGUACGAAGGCAGCGGCUGGCGUCUGUCGACGGACCACGUGCAAUUUGCGCUGGGCCGUCUUGCGGGCGCGCUGAAGAUGCCGCGCGACGCCGUACGCUGGCUGGCCGCGCCUCUAGCGCCCGCCGGCCACCAACCGCCGCAGCAGCAGGACGCCUUCCUGCGCGAGUACACGCUGGCGCACCAGCAAUGGAUGGAAGGCUGCGAAGAGUAUAAGGGUCGGUUGCCGGAAUUGCCGUUGCCUCUGUUGGUGCGUAGUGCGACGUGCGUGCUGUGUGUUGGACCCGCGCCUUUGUCUUCCCCUGGACGCACGCCCGCCACUUCUUUGAUCCUGCCCGAUGCUACCCAGACCUGCAAAGAAGAUGAACGUUAUUGGCACAAACUCGAAGAAAUGCUUCUCCAAGUAGCUCAAGGCAGUGUCCCCAUGAUUUUUAAACCCACUGUUGAUUUGUAUACUGAAACAUCGGACACUUAUCCUAUAGUACCGCAAGGUGAGCCAGUACAAAUAUCUAUUACUUUGAAAAAUCCUCUCAAGAUAUCGCUAUUGUUGAAAGAUGUAGAAUUGCUGUGGCAAUUCACACCUAAUACAGAAGAUGUAGAGCAGUUGGGAAUGGAAAUAAAUAAUGAGCCUUUAGUGACAUCUGGCAAUAAUGUAGACAAUAAUAUCAUUGUUGGGAAAAAAAUUAAAUCUAUUCUCCUGAAUGGUGACAGCGACAAGAUAUUGACAUUUUUAAUAACUCCUUUACGAAUUGGUCAGCUGAAUAUCCAUGGGUUGGCUUACAAGUUGAUCAAUGCUGGAGAAGGUGGCAAUGAAAACGCAAAUGCACCAGUGAUAUCUGGAAAAGUAAACCUCUCAUCUUCAGACACCAAUGAGAAGCGGUUACAGAUUAAAGUAAUACCGGAAGCUCCUUGUUUACAAAUGACUUUCACCGAAACAUGCACAGAAGCCAUAAGUAAUGAGCUCAGAACGAUAGACAUGGAGUUGAGGAAUGUAGGGCCUGUUGACAUGAAGAACGUCCACAUAGCCGUUUCUCAUCCAGAUUGCAUUACUCUUAUCACUGAAGAUGGCGAAGAUGACAUUACAGCUCUUUAUGAAGAAAAGUAUCGAGAAAUUCCUCAAUUUACUGAUGAGCGCGCGGCUCGUGCGGCGGCGUGGCGCGCGACGUGUGCGAGUCACGCCCGGCCGGCGGCGAGCGAUGUGCCGCGCGGGGCGUGCGCCCGCCUGCGUCUGCUGCUGCGGCCGCGUGCCCUGCCCGCGCUGCACCUGCUCGCCUACUACGAGACCGGAGACCGCGCGCGACCCUACCGCCUGUUACGACACGUGUUCCGGUUCCACACCAGUGAGGCUGUUGAAGUUUCGGUCACACCUCGACGCUGUUUGAAAAAUAUCGACGGCACCACUUUAGAAAAUAUGUUCCUAGCCGUUGAACUGAAAAACGUCUGCGGUGAAAAAGAGCAAGAAUUUAAUAUUGAAGUUCUAGAGGCGUCCUUGUUUAGCCGGCAAUGGAGAUUUACUGGUUUCACCACGGUCGCCAACAGAGUGGACAUGUUGGCCUCACACGAGCGACUCCACCUCAUCUUCAAAGCACAAAGAAUAUUGGAAAACCUUCCUGAAGGAAAAGUGGAACAUACAUGCUUAAAGUUAAACGAGGAAUCUAAAGUCAAUCUUACACAAUACUACAAAUACAUCUCUGAUUUCAAACCUUCCUUCCUUGAAAAUAUGGAUUUACCCACUGAAAACCCGACCAAGAGACAAGCAUUAAUUCAAUCAAUGUUUGUAAUAAGGUGGAGGGCACGCAAUAAGACCGUAGGGCGUACGACGAUCGGUCAACAUUGCUUGUGGUUAGAUUGCUUCACGAAGGCGGCGUCACGCAAAAAGGAACCAAUACCCACAGACAUGCCUGCUCUUCAACUCGAUGACAGUGAUAACAAAUCCGAUUUAAUGGAUCCGAAACAGAAAAACAGAAAGGAUAAUGUUGUGUUCCAGUUGGAACACACUAAUAUGAUUCAGCAUAACUUCAAACAAAGAAGGUUGUGUUUAGUACCAAUCACAAUAAAUUUGGUUAAUUGCUACGAGGUUCCAGUUAAAGUAUUUAUAGAUAUGUCAAAACAACAAAAUAGGGAGUCGAUUGGUGAAUUAGGGUGGGCCGGCGCUCUGAGCAACGGUCCCGAAGUGGAGGACAAGAAGCUCGGGGUCAGUGUUAGCUUGGCUCGAUUCGAGUCGCGGCGGGUCGAAGUCCGCGCCUUAUGUGCAGCCCCGGGCACUUACCUCGUCGGAUCAGCAUUCACCGUUACCUCUACCAAGGCUGAUAACCAACAAGCUGUCACUAAUAUUUCGAACAACACCUCCCUAUUAGUAGUACAACAGGCAGCUUGAAUAACUGGGACCAAGAUCUUGUGGCACUUAGAUGGCAUUGAAAGGCGAGCGCUGCUGAUUAAUAAGUGGUGAAAUGAAGAUUACUGUAUAAGUACGUAAAACUGCUCACUAAAGGGAACGUUAUAAAUUACAAUAACCCGGAAGGAGUAAAAGCAAAUAUUAAACACUCAUUUAUACUUUCCUAAAAUUAGCUCCGAUUUCCGCCACGCGCCACAAGAUCUUGGUAGCACUGUACACUUUUGUCUAAUAAUAAAUUUAUGUUUAACGUAUAUUUUAAUAAGCAAAAACUCUAAAAUCAGUUAGGAGUCACGUACCUACCUUCCCAUAUUAUAGGACUUUCCAAACCUUCAAAAUGCCUGUUCUCAUAUAAAACGUAUUAAUUUAAAGGCUACUUGCAAUCUAUGAAUUGUAUCAGGUAAGUAAAAAUAAUAAAGAUUGUUAUUUAUGUAUAUUAUUAUGAUGUACAAUAUAUUCCAAAGUAACAGUUGAACUGUAUUAUCUAAAUGGGAAAAUGCAAUUCUAUUUCAAUUUUACUGCUUCAAAUUUAAUGCAUUUUUUUAUUUUGUAUUAGUUUUCUAUACAUAUGUUUUAACUAUUGAUUUAUAAUUUCAAACAAUGAUAUAAAUACACUACAGAUUUAACAUAUUUUUCUUUCCUUCUCAUGAUAUUUUUGGUAAUAUAUAGUUAAUUAUUUUUGUGUCUUGCAACAGAUCACUGUGGAUUUGUGUCUAUUUGGAUAACUGCGUCGAGAAGGUAUUGCUGAAUUUUAUAAAAUUGCAAAAGUAAUGCCACACGUACUUUAACUAGAGAAUGGUUGAUACGAGUCAUUUGCUGUAAUGUAAGUACCUAUUACAUAAUCCAGAUCGUCUUAACGCGUCCGUUGUGAUAACUUAACUUAUUUUUUUCCAGGGGCGUAUUUUAAAAUCUGGCGCCCGAGCUACUUACGAUUAGCCCCCCGAAUUAGUAAAUGAAAUAAAAAUAUAGGUCAGUACAAAUGUCUUUAUAUGGCUUGUUCCGAACCUCGCAACUCUUAGAGCUGCCUCCGAUCAUGGCCCUAGCUGCUCAACAUAAUAUGCAAGCUAAGCGAGCAUCUGAUCCUGAGCAGACUCAUUACUACCGUAGAGCGGCUGCAACCACCGUUUCAGGAGCAGAGGUACAGUGACCCAGAUCCUCCUCACCGGCAGAAUAAUCACAAAUGUCCUAUAGGAUGCACCAUCACACCGAGAAGAUAAUGAAAAAACUGGAACAAGUCGGAGGAGCUCUCAGCACGAUAAUAGGAUACUACGCGAAAACGAACUAGAAAGCAAAAUGGCCAUAAUACCUUAGUCCUUAUACUGCCGCUGCUAGACUACAGUCAAUCAAUCAAUCAAAAUCGUUUAUUCAGCACAGUACACGGAUACAGAUAAAUUGUUAUACAGAGUGGUUCAACUACUGUCAAGGUACAUCGCGAUAAACCAAUGUAAGAUUUAAGACAGUAUAGAAUGGGCCGCGAUUCGCAACACCCAGCGCUUUAUUGAUCACGUGAAUACUGAGG